AUGCACCAAAGAAAGAAAAACGAGACCAGUCGUGGCAAUCAUUACGUGAUAUUUACUUGCCCUUACAGAAAAAACCGUAAUACAAUUGUCCAUUUCUGGCUCGUUGGUAAGGUACAAUCCUUUUAUCAAUGCAAGGAUUCUCGUUACUCCUUGCAUUUUCUUGCAUUCGUAGAGAUCAUGAAGGAACAUGACGCGGCUGGCCAUGACUCAUCAGUGCCUACUGUCAGAUAG